ACAUUUUCCAAAUUAGAAAUGACCUAAAGGUCUAUGUUACCAGGUCAUAAAAUUAAAAAAAAAAAGGAAAGGGUGACAGUGACAGUGACAAGGGGGUGACCUUUAUCAAUUAUCGUGUCAAUUUCAAUGUUUUCCAUUUUUAAAAAAUCUGCAUUCACGUCAACUUCCUCGAGAUUAUUAAGCACUCAAUUUGGGAUUAAAAUUAGCAACCAUCAGAUCAGAAAUCAACCUUUUGCGAAUAUCAGAUCUCUCCAUACAACUGGAACAAUGUCAAAAUCUGCUUUGGUUAUCCUGGCUCAGGGCGCUGAAGAGAUGGAGACUGUCAUUACCGUUGACAUGCUUCGUAGAGGAGGGGUAACAGUAACAUUGGCAGGCCUGGACAGCAAUGCUCCUGUCUUGUGCUCUCGUCAGAUGACUCUUGUCCCAGAUAAGUCAUUAACUGAUGCACUGGCUGAGAAUCCACAGUUUGACGCUGUAAUACUCCCAGGUGGUCUAGAGGGAUCUGAUCGUCUUUCUAAGUCCAGUAUUGUUGGCACUCUUUUGAAGGAUCAUGAGAAAAAUGGCAGAAUUGUAGCUGCAAUAUGUGCUGCUCCAACAGCAUUUGUAGCCCAUGGUAUUGCUAAAGGCAAGAAAUUAACAUCAUACCCUACAACCAAAGACAAAAUCACUGGAGAUUAUACUUAUGUUGAGGGAGAAAGGGUUGUUGUGGAUGACAACAUUGUUACCAGCAGAGGUCCAGGUACCGCUUACUGGUUUGGAUUGAAACUGAUAGAAAUGCUAACUGGAAAAGAAAAGGCCGAUCAAGUUGAAAAGGGCAUGAUCAUUACCGGAUAUUAGAUAAACCCAUGAUUCUGUAAGAAUAAGAUUCUUGUCAUAAUACUUUUCCCGAUACGUAAUAACCCGAAGCCAUGUAAUAAUUUUCAAAACUCAUGUAAAUGUAAUAGUCCAAUAAUAUAUGCCUUAUUCGAAUAAUAAUUUUAAGUUGAGUGAUUAGUACAUUUGAAAAAUGUAACGAAUUU